AUGGCGCUGAGCGCUGACGAGACUGUGACCAGGAGAAGCAGCAGCGAGCUGGCAGAUGAUGACGUCCACAGUUCUGCUAUGAAUGCGCUGACGUCCACCCUGGCUACCCUCUUGUCUUCCAGCCAGAACGGCCAAGCUGGUGCUGGUCACGUGUCCAGGGGUGGCCAGGACGAUGACGUCAUAAUGAUGGCUCCGGGCAAGAACCUGGCUGAUCGUCUCCACUUUGCCAUGUUCGCUUUCGUUGGUCCUAUCGUCUGUGUCUUCGGUCUGGCAGGAAAUGUCUUGUCUGUGGUCACGUGGCGUCGACCUGGGAUGCGGAGCUCCACUGGACAGUAUCUUAUUGGACAGGCGGUGGCCGACUUCUGGGUUCUGGUGUGUUUCAUCUUCAACGAAUUCCUCCGGGCCUGGGAUCCGGCAGUGGACACGAGCCUGGUGUACGGCGUCUACUUCUCCUACAUCGGCUACCCGGUCUUCUUCCUGGCCAUCACCUGCAGCCUCUGGUUCACCGUGGGGGUCACCGUCGACCGCUACAUCAUGGUGUGCUGGUUCGCCAAAGCUCAGCGAUUGUCUAACGAGAGGCAAGCCAACUUUGGCCUGAUGUUGAUCGCUGUGAACAGUUUUAUCGUCAACAUCCCACACUUUGUAUCCUUUAGCCCUGUGAUGGACAGAGCUGAGAACGAGACUGGCCCGGCGUUCAGGGAAACGGACUUCCAGAAAGGUUCUAGUGGUCAGUUCUACGAGUUCUGGAUUCACUGUAUCAUCCUGACGGUUGUACCAUGGGUCACCGUGUUCUCUCUCAACAUUAUGAUCAUCUGGAAGCUGACGCGAUCCAACAAGAAAAUGGCGGCCAAGAAGACAGCUGCGGCGGCGCAGAAGAGCAAGCAGUCCGAGAACCAGAUCACACGGCUGCUCCUCACCGUUACCUUCACGUACCUGUUCUUCAACGGCCUGCAUUGUGUGGUCCAGUGUUUCUACAUGCAGCGACCGCCAUGGGCCAACAUGAAUCACGUAUCCACGGCGUACUCGUGCUCCAAGACAGGGAUCGUGAUCUACGCGUCCACCAACUUCCUCCUCUACUGUCUCUCUGGACGCCGCUUCCGCCAGGAGCUGGCCACCAUGCUGGGCUGUGCCAGUAUGGACACAGGACAGCUGUCCGGACACACUGACCACUCGUCCUCCAAGUGCUCCACAUUGACCUCGACCACCACAAGCACGGGAUACUGA